UCAUCGCUACAUCAUCAUUAUUGCUGCAUGAUCAUCAUUUUCAUCAUCGCUUCAUCAUCACCGCUGCAUGAUCAUUAUCAUCAUCGCUGCAUGAUCAUCAUCAUCAUCAUCGCUGCAUCGUCAUCAUCAUCACUGCAUCAUGAUCACCAUCGUUGCAUGAUCACCAUCGCAUUGAGGAACUGAGCGUCAGCGAAAGGCACCGUGGAGAUGGAGCCGAGGAAUCGCCCUGAACCUGACGACGUCGAGACGACUCGCGCUGCAGCAGACACGACGGACGAAUUCCUCCAGCGCUUCGGACUGCGCCUGCAAGCGCGCAGACCCAGCCACGUGGCGCUGAUGGCGACCGCGGGGUCCAAGCGCGACUCGCGACGAUACGCAGGCGACGACGACGAGGAGGAGGAGGAGGAGGUGGAGGAGGAGGGGGAGGAGUGGUCCAGCCACGAUCGGCACCGCGCGUCGAGCCGUGACGCGGACGAGGAGGAGGCGAUCCCGCAGCGCCAGCAGGCGGCGCCCAAGCCGCGUGUGGAGAGCGACCGUGAAGAGGAGAGCCCCAGCACCAUCACCACCACCAUCAGCCCCACCACCAUCACCACCACCAUCACCACCAGCAGCAGCAGGAGCAGCAGCAGCAGGAGCAGCAGCAGGGGCUGGAGCAGGACGCGAGCGCGCAGCGACACGCCGAGCCUGGCCGAGCUCCGCUCCGCGCUCAAGCUGGACGCGCAGACCGCCGUGGAUGACCUCACCCGGCUGGCAGCGAUGCGCACGGACGCGCUGAUGCCGGGCGGCGGGCACACGCCGCCCGCACGCAGGCGCAGCAGUAGCAAGUUCGCGGGCUUCGGGAGGAUCUUCAAGCCGUGGAAGUGGCGCAAGAAGAAGAAGAGCGAGAAGUUCCAGCAGACGAGCGCGGUUCUCGAGAAGAAGAUUUCGAGCCGUGCGAGCAGAGAGGAGCUGAUUCGGAAAGGAGUCUUGAAGGAGCUCGCCGGGACAGACGACCAGACGCCGUCACCAUCCGAAACCUCCGAGGAAGAGGCUCAUGGGACUCCUGGAGCGGCCAAUCAAGAGGCAGAGGCACAGGAGGGUGCGGAGACUCCUGAGCAUAGCCAGUCGGAUCCCACAAGUGAGGACCAAGAUAAAAGCAAAGAAACCAAGGACGCUAGCGGGAGCCAAACAGACGAGCAGGCGCAGCCCGCGUCGCCCGCGCAGCCCAGGAGGUCGGCGGGGCAGGCGCCGGAGGCGGCGGCCGACGCGGCACACCCGACCAAGGAGGCCGCUAGCGGCUGCCCGGCCAAGCAGCCGCCGGCCCUUCCCCCCAAGCCCUCGGCCGCCAGCGGCGGCAGUGGCGCCAAGACGGCCGCCGCUCUAAGCGCAGGCGAGUGCUCGGGGCCACCCCAGAAGGGCCCGGGGCCGACCAGGGCCUCUCCGCCCGCGGCCUACAAGCGCAUGGGCGUCUGCUUCGCGCCGGCCUCCAUGGAGUCGGCCAUCCUGCGCAUGCAGCAGCAGCUGGCGGCUUCAUCGGCCGCAAGGCCCAGCGGGGGCCUGCACUUCCUUUCUCAGCCUGCCAGCUUGCCUGGUUGCCAGCCGACUCAGCAGAGUCCACAGAGCUCGCAGCCCCAGCAGCCUCAGCUCCAUCAUCAGCCCCAUCAGCAGCAGCAUCAUCAGCAGCAGGCGCCGCCGUCUUCCUUGGCGUCGCAGGCGUUCCUCCUGCAGCCGCCCAGCAGCGUGAUUGAGGAGCUGAACCGAGCGCUCGCCAAGGCUGCGCAGAGGAUCGAGGGCUACACCGUGGCCAUGCCGAGGUCGACGUCGUCGCUGAGGCUGGAGAAGGAGUGCCCGACGCCGCGGACUACCAACACGGGCCUCGCGGACACGACGGAGGCUCCCCCGUCCGCUCCCGCCUCUGUGGCCUUUCCAGCGGAGGAGAACAAGGAGAACCGGGAGAACGACGGGGGGGGGCCCUGGCUGCACUGGGAGCACGGCGACGAGAUCGAGACCUACACAGGCCUGGCGCGGAAGGUGGCCCGGCGCGACUCGCUGGCCGCCAAGCUGCGGAACCGGCCCAGCAAGGAGGAGCUGGAGAGGAAGAACAUCUUGCCGCGGCAGUCGUCCGUCGAGCGGCAGGAGCAGCGGCAGCAGAUCGGCACGAAGCUGUCGCGGAGGCUCACCCAGCGGCCGUCCGCGGAGGAGCUCGAGCAGCGCAACAUCCUGAAGCAGCGAAACACCGACGAGGAGCGAGAUGAGAAGAGGGAGAUCAAGCAGAGGCUCUCCAGAAAGCUGAGUCAAAGGCCGACGGUGGAGGAGCUCCGGGAGAAGAGGAUUCUGAUCCGCUUCAACGACUACGUGGAGGUGUCGGACGCGCAGGACUACGACCGGCGGGCAGACAAGCCCUGGACCCGGCUCACGGCCGCGGACAAAGCAGCAAUACGGAAGGAGCUGAACGAAUACAAGAGCCGGGAGAUGGAAGUCCACGAGCACAGCAAGCACCUCACACGGUUCCACCGGCCAUAAUCGCCGUUCGCCGCCAUACUCCUGGCCGGAAUUCUGUUUCUCUCUCCUCUCUGCGGACCCCAACCUGGUGUCCACAGGCAGCCUCACAAGUGCCUGAUGAAGAACGAGGAGUUUUUCUUCUAAAGGGUGGGCCAAGCCUUCUGGCACGGAGCGAGCGAGACGUCUCAAACGCAAUGCACGGGAAAAGCUUCCAAUUUACGAUUUAGAAACUUUGAACUCUUGCGGGGAAAAAAGGAAGAAUAAGAGAAAAAACACCGAGCAAACGCCGGUGGCAGCUUUCGCUAAAAUCUGUGAACGUCGCCAAAGUCUCUUUGUUCGGCGGAGAGAAAUCGCUUUGGGAUCCUCCUUCUCAUUGUGGCGCUGGUGGCUGCCGCACAGCCUCGCGAGGAGCGCGGGAGAGGACGUUUGAGUUUGUUUCUCCUUAACGGCGGCGGUUUCAGUAAAUUGCUGUUGUUGUCGAUGGAUUUGGCUCCGAUUAAAAAAAAAAGAAAUCACGGCGGCCGAGCGAAGAGAGCGAGCUUGCGGCUGGGUCGGCCCGGGCUGCCCUUCCUGUCGCGAGGAGGGCAACGCGAAGAGGGAGAGAGGGAGGGAUGGUGGCACGCGGCACGUUGCGAUCCACCGUGGAGGGACAGCCGCAGCUUGGAGGCUCUUCACCGCCCGCCGCCGCCGCCGUCUGCGGUGAACUGGUUCUCGAGUUUGCGGGGGACUGCGCAGGUUGACCCGAGCCGCGUGGCUGCGAUGGGUGAGCGGCCGUCAAGCCUUGGCAAGGCCACACACGGGCAGAUCUUUAGGACGCGGACGGCGACGUCUACGCGGUCCAGCAGUAGCACAACGCUCAUUCUUUGCCGAAUGGAAUAUUAUCGAUACGCCGGGUCGUUUUGAUUUGGCAAGCAAUCGAGGUUUAUUUAUUUUGAACAGAAAAAUGUGAGGAGUUAACGUGGCGUAGUGGAAGAGGAAAGCGCUUUGGCGAUCGGUCGAGGUUCCAGUUCACGAUGUUGUUUCCCGAGGCCAUCGGAGUGUCGCGUGCACUCCAAGCACGCGGGCCCAGCAGGUGGGUUCUCCUCCUCCCUUAGCUUUUCAUGGAGACACGUCUCUGCACUGUGAUAAAAAAAAAUACGUAAAACGCAAGGGAUGACGAUGUGUUAUUUUACAGCUGUAAAAAAAUAUUUUUUACUUGAAAAGGAUUUAUAUCAGUUUUACGUGAUGUUAUUCAUUACUUUAAGAAAAACCCUUUAUUAUUUUAUACGUAAUGGUCUUUGCAUUUUUGCAUAAUGGGGAGGACGACCGAUACCAGUGCCGAUCCCGCUUUGCGUUUUGUAUCAUCGGUGCAAUUCGAUUAUUUGCAGCCCUCGGAGGACGCGGCGUCGCCCGCCCAUCGGCCGCGUGUCGUUGGGGAACGCAAAAUGAUGGCGAGGUUAUUGUGCUACCUUUUUGUUGUUGCUGCUGCUGCGAAUUAACCCGUAAAACUUCCCUGGUUGAACCCCACGGUUUACUCCACGCUCGGCACCGCUGCGUGCUUCUCCGAUGAGGCCUGGUGCCGGGCAAGGCUUUUUGACGCAUGGCCUCGGAAACGCGGAAGCAAGCCGUGUUUAAAAAGCGAGGAGGGGGGCGGUGUUUGGGCGAGUUUUCAAAAGCACUGCGACCACGAUGCAGUCGCCGUUUUCGUCACUGUUCACGUGCCAAUUCUCACACGAGGGGUCGUCAGUGCUUUGCUACUGAAGGAGGGAGGGGGAGGGCCUUUUCUCCCAGUUUGUAAUCUCGUGCUGUGCUCACUGCCAGGGGUAUGUCUGCCACGUAUUUACACUCUCGAUUUCUCACACCGCUGCCAACGUAGUCUCUGUGACUUGUCUCGAAAUUGGAACGUGCAUUGCUACAAAGGACUGAAGUAAUUUCGAAGCAACACUCGUGCGCUCGACACGUGCGGUAAUUAUCAUGGUGAUCAUUAUCGUCGGCCUCAAUCAAUCCACCGCUGGGUGAAGGCCAGCGCGGGCUGCCGACGGAUAGGCCACGGUCAACGCAUUCAGUUGUUGAUGUCGGAAAAGUUCGUCUCCAUAUCGCCAAGCGUGUUGAGCGGCCGCACGCGCGGUGCCGGUGUGCCAAGGGAGAGCGCCGCAACGUGACCUGUGACCUGUGACCCGCGUGCUGCCCGCUCCGGCGUGGCGUUACCCGACCCCACGCACCGCGCGAGAACAGCAGCCGAACCUCCACGGCUGUAGGGCGCUGGAGGACUGCGGUUGAAUGUCGGCUGUGCUCUCCCGGCAGAACAGGUCACAUAUUGCGAAUGUAGAGCACGUUGCACAUUCAAACCCUACACUUAGUUUUUUUUAUUGCGGUGCAUAUACACGCUUCAAUUAUCCUGCCCUGAGAACGUGGAAUUUCCUGCAUUAAACAGAUAAGGUACCACCAAAUGCGCAUUUAAACACGGGGAUUCUUUCAUUUCUUUUCCAACUUCCAUGAAAGUGUUAAGAUCCUCAGAUUUAGUCACGAAAUCAUCCACUGCGUUAUGAUCCCUUGCACUGUUUGUAAGGAAGCUGUGCGCACGUGUUCCGAUCGUCAGGUGUCAAAUGUUGGUGCUUCCACAAGUCACAUCCCACAUUUAUAGUUUUUUUUACUUCGACAGACAUAUCGGCGGGGAGGAUUUUUGUUCCUUUAUUUCCGGAGCCGCAACAAAUUCGACCGUCCCUGCAUACGCACGCGGGCCUGCAGUUUCGCAACGGACCUGUGUUUUGCGCGUACAUUUAGUGUCGUCGGUUUGUUUGCCGAGGCCAUCCCGAGCAGCACGCUGGAGACCGGUCCGCCUCAAAUGUAAACGCACCCCCCCCCCCCACCCUCCAGACCUGUCAGCCUCACGGGAUCCGAGUGCGAAUCAAGAAAACCCAACGUGGCUCCUCGUUCAUUCCCUCUUCGCACAUCGCGAACUUGGUCCGCUUUUGUUUUGGAACACCGCGGGUGUCUGCCGGGUGUCUGCCGGGUGUCUGCCGGAUGGCCGCGGCUUGUGGAGAUUCAUCUGUGAGCAGCAGUUGGGGUUGGUGGUGCGACUCCCGUCUGUCCAGCGGGGGGGCGGGGGGCUGAGAGCACUGACGGGGGGGGGGGCACGCCCAGGGGGGGGGGGAGCAUGGGCCACCGGGGUUGGUGGUUUGGCGGCGUCUCUCCGCACAGCUCUCGCUGAACCGCGCUCGCCUCCAAAUGCACCAGGCCCUCUCGAGGGCGUGCGCCCGUUGCGACCGGAGGGCCAUCGCUCAUUGUUAUCCGCGGCCACGAUUUGUGUGAUCAUCACCCGUCUGGUGUCCACAGCCAUUGCGUCGGUGGACAUUCGCUGGUCGUCACGGUCACCGGUCGCAUUCCUCGCGGCCAAAAAAUUGGUGACCAAACACAUCCGUGCAUGUGUGUGCGCGUGUGCGCGUUAUGUUAAUGUAGUGCAGCGGUUAGCCGCUACGCUGCGCUACGAACCCGGCCAUCCGGGUUCGAUCCCCUCUCACGGACAACACCGGGGACGAUUAUCUGAACCGGUCCUGGGGCCUCCCCUAGGUCGCCUCAGCCUUAAAUGAGUACCGGGUGCGGUGUGUAAACAUGGCCACUCGGGAGACGAAGGCGGCCGGGCGUGGUGCUGGCCACCCACGCCCUAGAGUGCCGUGCCAGCCUUCGUAGGUGCUCGCUAACAGCACUUGCCCCAACAGUCUGUCAAGGCUAACAUGCGGUGGGACCUUUGUCUUGUGUGUCCCGGCGAGUCGUUGUUCACUUGCUGCUUUGCAAUGAGGCGGCAAGCCGGCGGCGUGGGGCCCUUUGCCAGGUUGGUGUCCAAGCCGGCGGCGUGGGGCCCUUUGCCAGGUUGGUGUCCAAGCCGGCGGCGUGGGGCCCUUUGCCAGGUUGGUGUCCAAGCCGGCGGCGUGGGGCCCUUUGCCAGGUUAGAACUCCGUCAAUGAUAUUUUGGUGUCCAAGCCUGGACCCCGAAAUCCUACCCCCCCCCCCCC